AUGCCGACCUCCACUACCCUCCCCACCCACUUCCAGCUCAACACUGGAGCCAAGAUCCCCUCCGUCGCGCUUGGUACCUGGCAGUCUGCGCCUGGUGAGGUGCGCCACGCCGUCUCUUUCGCCCUCAAGAACGGGUACCGCCACAUCGACGCUGCUCUCAUCUACAAGAACGAGCACGAGGUCGGCCAAGGCAUCAAGGACAGCGGUGUGCCCCGCUCCGAGAUCUUCAUCACCUCCAAGCUGUGGAACACGCACCAGCCCAACGCCGCCGAGGGCCUCCAAAAGACCCUCGACGCCCUCGGCACCGACUAUCUCGACUUGUAUCUUGUUCACUGGCCCGUCCGUCUCGUUCCUCAGGCAACUGGCGAUCCGCUCCUCCCAGUCAACCCCGACGGUUCCCGCUCAAUCGACCGGUCAUGGGACCAGGCGGAGACCUGGCGCCAGAUGGAGGAGCUCUACGCGAGUGGCAAGGUCCGCGCUAUCGGGGUGUGCAACUGGUCCAUUCCAUACCUGGAGGAACUUAAGAAGACGUGGAAGAUCAUCCCCGCCGUCAACCAGUGCGAGAUCCACCCAUUCCUUCCCCAACACGAGCUGCGCAAGUACUGCACCGACCUCGGUAUCCUCAUGGAGGCCUACUCUCCUCUCGGAAGCACUGGCGCACCACUCAUGAGCGACCCCGAGAUUGCUGAGAUUGCCGAGAAACACGACGUCUCGGCCGCCACCGUGCUCAUCAGCUACCACGUCAACCACGGCACCGUCGUCAUCCCCAAAAGCGUUAGCGAGAAGCGCAUCGCGUCCAACCGGCACGUCAUCAAGCUCUCGGAGGAGGACAUGGCGGUCCUCGACGGGCUGGCCGCCAAGGGCAAGGCUAAGCGGAUCAACACUCCUCUCUGGGGCUGGGACCUCGGGUUUGAGGACUGGUACGCCCCUAUCAGCAAGUAG